UGUUUGAUUAGAAGAGGAAAGAAGAAUGUCUCAUCGCAAGUUUGAGCACCCAAGGCAUGGCUCUUUAGGGUUUCUUCCUAGAAAAAGGGCCUCUCGUCAUAGAGGAAAAGUGAAGUCUUUUCCGAGGGAUGAUCCAAUAAAGCCUUGCAAAUUCACAGCUUUUCUGGGAUACAAAGCCGGGAUGACGCAUAUUGUCAGAGAUGUUGAUAAACCUGGAUCAAAGCUCCACAAGAAGGAAACAUGUGAAGCUGUAACAGUGAUAGAAACACCCCCAAUGAUUGUCGUCGGAGUUGUUGGUUAUGUUAAGACACCUCGAGGUCUUCGUUCUCUGAACACUGUUUGGGCUCAGCAUCUUAAUGAGGAGGUGAAGAGGCGAUUCUAUAAAAACUGGUGCAAGUCAAAGAAGAAGGCAUUCACCAAGUACUCAAAGAAGUAUGAAACUGAAGAUGGGAAGAAGGAUAUCCAGGCUCAGUUGGAGAAAAUGAAGAAAUAUUGUUCUGUCAUUCGAGUUUUAGCUCAUACCCAGAUUAGAAAAAUGAAGGGGCUGAAGCAGAAGAAAGCUCACCUUAUGGAGAUCCAGGUGAAUGGUGGGGAUGCUGCCCAAAAGGUUGAUUUUGCAUACAGCUUCUUUGAGAAGCAGAUCCCUGUUGAUGCUGUAUUCCAAGAGGAUGAGAUGAUUGAUGUCAUUGGAGUGACCAAAGGUAAAGGAUAUGAGGGUGUUGUGACUCGAUGGGGUGUUACCCGCCUCCCUCGCAAGACACAUCGAGGCCUGCGCAAAGUGGCUUGUAUUGGUGCCUGGCAUCCAGCUAGGGUCUCAUUCACUGUUGCCAGGGCGGGGCAAAAUGGGUACCAUCAUCGUACAGAGAUGAACAAGAAGAUUUACAAGCUUGGAAAGGUGGGGGAAGAAUCUCACACUGCCAUUACUGAGUUUGACAGGACUGAAAAGGACAUAACUCCAAUAGGAGGCUUCCCCCAUUAUGGAAUUGUGAAAGAUGAUUACGUGCUGUUAAAGGGUUGCUGUGUUGGCCCAAAGAAGCGUGUUGUGACACUGAGACAGUCACUCGUGAAGCAAACAUCUAGGCUUGCCAUGGAGGAGAUUAAACUGAAGUUCAUAGACACUUCGUCCAAGUUUGGCCACGGACGAUUCCAGACUACACAGGAGAAGGCAAAAUUCUAUGGUCGUCUCAAGGCUUAAAAACUACACUGAUGUUUUUCUAGAGUUUGUGUCUGUUUU